GAGGAGGGCUUUGGGUUUUUCUUAGGGUAAGGACCGAGAGGGGUCCCCCUUGGCAUCGUGGCAGGGCGACAGGAACCCACGUUGAUUUUGCCUGCAGGACUGGCUAAGCAGGGCGCGAGAGGCCCAGGGCUCCCUGGCCUGCCUUGCAAGGAGGCAUGGGGACAAUGACUAUGCAAACUUGACCACUCUGCUCCCCUCCUCCCCUCAGCAGCUACUCCUCGCUCCUCUGAGAAGCCAGGGCUGCUCUCUGCUGCUUUUUCGGGGCUCCCCCGGGCUGCCUGCUUCCCCCAGCUUCUCAGAGGCCUGCCUCAAGCCCCUUUUUCUGGUCCCUUGGCUGUUUCCCCGGGACUCCCCACUCCCCAGCUUCCUCUUCCCCUUGGAGAGCCACCCUGCUGGACUGUUCUAGAAAAAGGCUGGCCUUCCUCCCUGGACAAGGGCCGUUUCUCUGGGGGCAGGUGAGGGUGAGCCGUUCCAGCCCACUCCAAGAAACUCCCUUCCCAGGGACCUCCGGGCCUCAGGCUUUCCUGGAGCAGGUCAGGCUGGCUGCCCUGGCUGGCCCGUGCCGGGAAAUCUAGCCAGGGUGCAGGAGAAGUGCGUGUGGGGGCCCCUUUCCCAAGUUUUUCUUGCUGCAAAAGGCCUAGCUUAGCCUGUCUUUUUCUAUGCACAGGAUGGCUCUUGCUCACCCGAGCCUCACAAAGAUAAUCGCUCAGGAAGUGUUUCAGCCAAUCCGGGGCGGCUUUACACUCCGAUUUGCCGGGGCAGCCAAUCGGGGAUGAGCUUUUAUUAGGCGGCCAGAUCAUCAGCCGAAGUGCCAAACCCUUUUUCUGUGAGAACUAGGAGCCUGUCCUCCAUGUUUUAUAAGUAUUGACAUUACACAGUGUUAACAAUGCAUCCACAGAGCUUGGCUGAAGAGGAAAUAAAAACAGAACAGGAGGUGGUAGAGGGCAUGGAUAUCUCUACUCGCUCCAAAGCUUUCGUUCCUCAGGAUGUCAGAUACACCAGGCUGUGUCAUUACAUCGUCUCCAAGUUAAGAAGACCACCAUUGGGCAUGGGGUGGAUUCAAUUCCUUGGAGAUCCUGGCUCUGCAGAGAGAACAGCCCAGAAAAGAAAGUUCCCCAGCCCUCCACAUUCUUCCAAUGGCCACUCGCCGCAGGACACAUCAACAAGCCCCAUUAAAAAGAAAAAGAAACCUGGCUUACUGAACAGUAACAAUAAGGAGCAGGAUGGACGGAAUGAUUUCUACUGCUGGGUUUGUCACCGGGAAGGCCAAGUCCUUUGCUGUGAGCUCUGUCCCCGGGUUUAUCACGCUAAGUGUCUGAGACUGACAUCGGAACCAGAGGGGGACUGGUUUUGUCCUGAAUGUGAGAAAAUUACAGUAGCAGAAUGCAUCGAGACCCAGAGUAAAGCCAUGACAAUGCUCACCAUUGAACAGUUAUCCUACCUGCUCAAGUUUGCCAUUCAGAAAAUGAAACAGCCAGGGACAGAUGCAUUCCAGAAGCCCGUUCCAUUGGAACAGCACCCUGACUAUGCGGAAUACAUCUUCCAUCCAAUGGACCUUUGUACAUUGGAAAAGAACGCAAAAAAGAAAAUGUAUGGCUGCACAGAAGCCUUCCUGGCUGAUGCAAAGUGGAUUUUGCACAACUGCAUCAUUUAUAAUGGGGGAAAUCACAAAUUGACGCAAAUAGCGAAAGUAGUCAUCAAAAUCUGUGAACAUGAGAUGAAUGAAAUCGAAGUAUGUCCAGAAUGUUAUCUAGCUGCUUGCCAAAAACGAGAUAACUGGUUUUGUGAGCCUUGUAGCAAUCCACAUCCUUUGGUCUGGGCCAAACUGAAGGGGUUUCCAUUCUGGCCUGCAAAAGCUCUGAGGGAUAAAGACGGGCAGGUCGAUGCCCGAUUCUUUGGACAACAUGACAGGGCCUGGGUUCCAAUAAAUAAUUGCUACCUCAUGUCUAAAGAAAUUCCUUUUUCUGUGAAAAAGACUAAGAGCAUCUUCAACAGUGCCAUGCAAGAGAUGGAGGUUUACGUGGAGAACAUCCGCAGGAAGUUUGGGGUUUUUAAUUACUCUCCAUUUAGGACACCCUACACACCCAACAGCCAGUAUCAAAUGCUGCUCGAUCCCACCAACCCCAGCGCCGGCACUGCCAAGAUAGACAAGCAGGAGAAGGUCAAGCUCAACUUUGACAUGACGGCAUCCCCCAAGAUCCUGAUGAGCAAGCCUGUGCUGAGUGGGGGCACAGGCCGCCGGAUUUCCUUGUCGGAUAUGCCGCGUUCCCCCAUGAGCACAAACUCUUCUGUGCACACGGGCUCCGACGUGGAGCAGGAUGCUGAGAAGAAGGCCACGUCGAGCCACUUCAGUGCGAGCGAGGAGUCCAUGGACUUCCUGGAUAAGAGCACAGCUUCACCAGCCUCCACCAAGACGGGACAAGCAGGGAGUUUAUCCGGCAGCCCAAAGCCCUUCUCUCCUCAACUGUCAGCUCCUAUCACGACGAAAACGGACAAAACCUCCACCACCGGCAGCAUCCUGAAUCUUAACCUGGAUCGAAGCAAAGCUGAGAUGGAUUUGAAGGAGCUGAGCGAGUCGGUCCAGCAACAGUCCACCCCUGUUCCUCUCAUCUCUCCCAAGCGCCAGAUUCGUAGCAGGUUCCAGCUGAAUCUUGACAAGACCAUAGAGAGUUGCAAAGCACAAUUAGGCAUAAAUGAAAUCUCGGAAGAUGUCUAUACGGCCGUAGAGCACAGCGAUUCGGAGGAUUCUGAGAAGUCAGAUAGUAGCGACAGUGAGUAUAUCAGUGAUGAUGAGCAGAAGUCUAAGAACGAGCCAGAAGACACAGAGGACAAAGAAGGUUGUCGGAUGGACAAAGAGCCAUCUGCUGUUAAAAAAAAGCCCAAGCCUACAAACCCAGUGGAGAUUAAAGAGGAGCUGAAAAGCACGUCACCAGCCAGCGAGAAGGCAGACCCUGGAGCAGUCAAGGACAAGGCCAGCCCUGAGCCUGAGAAGGACUUUUCCGAAAAGGCAAAACCUUCACCUCACCCCAUAAAGGAUAAACUGAAGGGAAAAGAUGAGACGGAUUCCCCAACAGUCCAUUUGGGCCUGGACUCUGAUUCAGAGAGCGAACUUGUCAUAGAUUUAGGAGAAGACCAUUCUGGGCGGGAGGGUCGAAAAAAUAAGAAGGAACCCAAAGAACCGUCUCCCAAACAGGAUGUUGUAGGUAAAACUCCACCAUCCACGACGGCGGGCAGCCAUUCUCCCCCGGAAACGCCGGUGCUCACCCGCUCUUCCGCCCAAACUUCCGCGGCUGGCGCCACAGCCACCACCAGCACGUCCUCCAUGGUCACCGUCACGGCCCCGGCCCCCGCCGCCACAGGAAGCCCAGUGAAAAAGCAGAGGCCGCUUUUACCGAAGGAGACUGCCCCGGCCGUGCAGCGGGUCGUGUGGAACUCAUCAAGUAAGUUUCAAACGUCCUCCCAAAAGUGGCACAUGCAGAAGAUGCAGCGUCAGCAGCAGCAGCAGCAGCAGCAAAACCAGCAGCAGCAGCCUCAGUCUUCCCAGGGGACGAGAUAUCAGACCAGACAGGCUGUGAAAGCUGUCCAGCAGAAGGAGAUCACACAGAGCCCAUCCACGUCCACCAUCACCCUGGUGACCAGCACACAGUCAUCGCCCCUGGUCACCAGCUCGGGGUCCAUGAGCACCCUUGUGUCCUCAGUCAACGCUGACCUGCCCAUCGCCACUGCCUCAGCUGAUGUCGCCGCUGAUAUUGCCAAGUACACUAGCAAAAUGAUGGAUGCAAUAAAAGGAACAAUGACAGAAAUAUACAACGAUCUUUCUAAAAACACUACUGGAAGCACAAUAGCUGAGAUUCGCAGGCUGAGGAUCGAGAUAGAGAAGCUCCAGUGGCUGCACCAGCAAGAGCUCUCCGAAAUGAAACACAACUUGGAGCUGACCAUGGCGGAGAUGCGGCAGAGCCUGGAGCAGGAGCGGGACCGGCUCAUCGCCGAGGUGAAGAAGCAGCUGGAGUUGGAGAAGCAGCAGGCGGUGGAUGAGACCAAGAAGAAGCAGUGGUGCGCCAACUGCAAGAAGGAGGCCAUCUUUUACUGCUGUUGGAACACCAGCUACUGUGACUACCCCUGCCAGCAAGCCCACUGGCCUGAGCACAUGAAGUCCUGCACCCAGUCAGCUACUGCUCCUCAGCAGGAAGCGGAUGCUGAGGUGAACACAGAAACACUAAAUAAGUCCUCCCAGGGGAGCUCCUCGAGCACACAAUCAGCACCUUCAGAGACGGCCAGCGCCUCCAAAGAGAAGGAGACGUCAGCUGAGAAAAGCAAGGACAGUGGCUCGACCCUUGACCUUUCUGGCUCCAGAGAGACGCCCUCCUCCAUUCUCUUAGGCUCCAACCAAGGCUCUGUUAGCAAAAGGUGUGACAAGCAACCUGCCUAUGCCCCAACCACCACAGACCACCAGCCGCACCCCAACUACCCCGCCCAGAAGUACCAUUCCCGGAGUAAUAAAUCCAGUUGGAGCAGCAGUGAUGAGAAGAGGGGAUCGACACGUUCCGAGCACACCAGCAGUACCGGCACGAAGAGCCUCCUCCCGAAAGAGUCUCGGCUGGACACCUUCUGGGACUAGCAGUGAAUCGGGACACAAACCACCCACCCCAUUGGGAGAAAAACCCAGACGCCAGGAAAAGAAGAAACAACAAAGGCAGGAGAACAGCCACUUUCAGACUUGAAAAUGACAAAACCCUCAGUUGAGCCUGAGCCCCCGGCGCGGGGGCUGCUACACUACAGGACACCCGGCAUCGGCUUUGACUGCAGACUGUUCACCCACACGAGCCCUGUGCUUUUGGUGUAAAUAAUGUACAAUUUGUGGAUGUCAUUGAAUCUAGAGGACCUUCCCCUUUUUAUAUUUGUAUUAACUUUAACUUAUUAAAAAAAAAAGAAAGAAAAAGAAAAACAAUUAAAAAAAAAAAAAAAAGCAACCAACCCCAACAACAAAAAAGAAUGUUUUGGUAUUGGAGAAGGGAUGGUCAGUUAGCCUGUCUGUCACACGACGGAAUGGAUACUGGGCCCGGGGACCACUUUCAUACUCACGUCCUCAUCCUUGGAUACCCAGGGGAGGGCGAACCGUUUUCACUCGUGUGUCUGUACACAGCAUGUUGGGAUCGGGAGUUUCGGCACAGACUCUAUCCCAUCAAGCCGUUGGCUCCUUUCAGCUACUACGUUACCACGUUCCUAAAACGCAAGCUCUCCGGACCAGACGGACACAGGGAGAAGCUAGUUUCUUUCAUGUGAUUGAAAUGAUGACUCUGCUCCUAAAAGGGAAAAAACAAUAUCCUUGUUUACAGAAGAGAAACAGAAACAAGCCCCACUCAGCUCAGUCACAGGAGAGGAGAACACAGAAAGUCAUAGAAUCAUGAACUCUGAAAAAAAGAGAAACCUUAUCUUUGCUUUGUGGUCCCUUUAAACACACUCACACACACUUGGUCAGAGAUGCUGUGCUUCUUGGAAGCAAGGACUCAAAGGCAAGGUGCACGCAGAGGACGUUUGAGUCUGGGAUGAAGCAUGUACGUAUUAUUUAUAUGAUGGAAUUUCACGUUUUUAUGUAAGCAUGAAACACAGGCAGUAUGAGAGAAAGCAAGGCCCGUCAUGCUGUCCGUACACUACGUAUGCUGUAGAGCCAUUUUGUAUGUUGUGUAAAACAAAAAGCAUUGAUGAAAAAGCAAAAGGUGAUGUAUGUAUAUGAGAAAAUUAAUUGUACGAUAUCAUUCCAGUACGUUUUGUUGUACAUUUUAGUCUUGUUUACUUUCUCUUCAUUGUUAAGAGGAUGCGAACUGUACAGUUUCCAGCUAGUUACCCAUAUUAGAGAAGAAAUAAGAAGAGAGUAUUAGAAGAAAACAGGAGAGAAAGAACAUUUGUGAAUUGCAGUUGUCAAAAAAAAAAAAUAGCCUAGCUGGCCUUAUUUGUGAAGCAUAAUUGCUUUUAGCAUAUGGAAGUAUUUUUUCACAUUUUCUUUGUAUAAAAUUUGUAUUAAACUUAAAUAUCUUUUU